AUGGAUAACAAGCUUUCUCAUGGCAGACCUCCAGCUAGCUGCCAGAAUGCUGGCUUUCGGUCCAACUGGCUGGUUGACCAUACCAACGGCAGUUACUCGUCCACUCUCAGGUCCCCUACGGGUAUUGCCGCAGACCCAGCCCUCACUGCCCAUGGCGUAGAUCAAGCCAAGGAGCUGGGCCAGCGUCUGCUUACAGCCGAACCGCCCAUAGAGCGUGUUUACUCCAGUCUUUACUUUCGUUGUUUACAGACGGUGGAACCUUUCGUCCGAUCAGCAUCGUCCUCUCCGUCGUCUAUGCCAGAAGAUGCCGAAAAGGGUACCACUCGCCACUUGCAACGCCAGCUGCAGGUUCGAGGAGAGACAGGACUAGGCGAAUGGUACGGUUCGGCACCGUUCGAACACCCCGUACCUGCGAGUCUUGCCACGCUCGAGUCUCAUUUCCCUUCCCUGCUGGACCGUGAUUAUCAGCCGGCAGUAGUACCGACGCGGAUGGGCGAGAGCGUCGACGAGCUGCAUGACCGCCUGGCCGUUACCUUGGAGCGGCUGAUUGCAGAGUGUGAUAGGGAUGGCAUCCGUGCCGUCCUCCUCUGUUCGCACGCUGCCCCCAUCAUUGCUCUUGGCCGUGUUCUGACCGGCAAUAUGCCGGAGAGCAUCGAGGUCGAAGACUUUCGAGCCUUUACCUGCGGCCUUAGUGUGUUUCGGCGAAGGAAGGGGGCUUCAUCAGGAGCCAAUGGAGUUCAUACGGCCACAAGCCCGGCCAGUGUGAGUGCGAGUGCACCUCGGGCCCAGACAGUGACGGAUUCCAGCAGUAGAGGCUCGAACAACGCCAGCAACGUCCUUGGGAGCACGCCUGGAACGGCAAAGCAAACCGCAAAAGCAGGUACCGACGGUCUUCAGGGUGCGGAGAGUGAUCCACGGCAGCAGGAUCUUCAUGCUCCCGUAGUCUGGAGGGGUGGCCGCGGCGUAGGGGGUGGUUGGAACUGCGAACUCAACAGUGACUGUUCACAUCUUUCUCAGGGAGAGGAAAGAGGAUGGCGGUUCUCGGGCGACGAGUCCUUUAAGGAUGCCCCAGGGGCCAACAAGAGCAUGCUGGAUGCUGGAAUAUCACUGGGCGUCGUCGUGGAGGGCAACAAGGAAAGUGGCAAGUCUCACAGGAAAUCUUCCACCGGUGGUGGCUCUCGUCUCUAG